AUGAUGCGUUUAGCAAAUUUCUCCAUGACAUUGGCUAUGAUUGCAAUAGCGAUUUGUGAACAACAGCAACAACCACAACAGCAACAAAAUCAAGUGCUUGAAGUGGAAGUGCAUUGUCAUGAACAACAGCAGCAGCAGCAACAACAACAACAACGACCUGAGUUUCCGUCACAACAACAGCUGCUGCAACAAGAAAGCCAUCAUAAUUUAUCAAUUAUGCAAAAUUUAGACGGUCACGAGUUACCUUUGCUCUUGCAGCGUGUCAUUGCAGCAUGUUGCAACAUUGUCAGGAACUAUUUUGCAUUGCUAUCGGAUGGUUUUAUGUUCAGCAGCCAUAUCGAGGAAGAGCGUCUACGCCAUGACUUGCACGACUUUAUGCGGCAUGUGUUGAUAUGCAAGAAGGACUUUAAGGUGGAAAUUGAAAACAUUAGCGGCGAUCGCAUGAUAACAUUCAAUAGGAAAUUCAAUGUUAUUGUGGUGGACAGUGCCAAGUCGUUGAGGGAAUUGAAUCCUGCCAAUCUUACCAAGGACUAUGAUAUCCAAGAGCAUUACAUCUUGUAUUUGAUGGAUGCGGCACGCUUUUCGGAUCUCUAUUUGGAGUUGCAUCAGAUAUUCUCUCACUUUUGGCAGUACUACAUGUUAAAUGUCAUUGUGCUCGUUGAGAACCCAGACACCCAGGUAGUGGAUGUCUACACUUAUUUUCCCUUCCAUGAUGGUGCAUCAUGUCGUCAUGUGCAUGUGAAAUAUUUAAAUUCAUAUAGCGAUUCAUGGCGUUAUCCCAUACCGAAAUCUUUGUAUCCGGAUAAAGUGGGAAAUUUACACAAAUGCCCAGUUACAGCGGCUGUAUGGAAUACCCCGCCCUAUUUGAGUUUUAAACGUCAUCCGAAUGGGACCAUAGAAAUACAUUAUUGGGAGGCAGAAUUACUGUAUGUAUUGGGGGAUAAGUUUAAUUUCACUGUGGCUUUGAUAGAGCCUAUUAAUAAUCAGCAACGUGGUAAACAACAGCCAGAUGGUACCAUCAAUGGAGCAAUGGGAUUGAUGAUCAGGCGUACAGCUGACCUGAGCCUUGGUUCCUUUCGCGUUACUUUGGAGCGUGCAGCCGUAUUGACGGGUGCUGAAUCAUACUACCAGACAUGGCAAGCCUAUGCGUUUUUGAAAAGAGCCCAACCAUAUACCUCACUGGAGAUUUUGGUGUAUGCCUUCGACAAUCGUACUUGGAUAUGUUUAGUCAUAAGUUUCUUAACGGCCCUCUUGGUGGUCUAUUUUGUACAGUUACGCUAUGAUACAUCCUAUUGGGCCAGAAUAGUUAUGGGCAUACCCAGACCAACUGCUCCCCUAACGAAUAUUGUUAUGAUGAUGACCGGUCAGGCGAUAGGUGCAUUGCCAGAAAAUACCUUUUGCCGAUUUGUUUUGACACUUUGGGACCUCUUUGGGCUGCUGCUGAGAACAGCAUAUCAAUCUUUGCUGUUUCAAUUGCUACAAAGUGAUCUUUAUCAUCCCGCACCCUUUGGUCUGGUAGACCUUAUGUCACGGGGCUGUAAGAUAGUAACCACCAAUGGCACCUAUGAUUCGGUGUCCACUGUGCCCACAUUCUAUUUGCGUUUAAUCGAAAUGCAUAUCAUCAAGAAUGUCUCGGAGCAGAGUAUAUUCUUCUAUGUGGAGGCACAUAAGCAUGAGUGUUAUGCUGGCAUUUCACCCGAGGAUUUUAUUAUACAUCAUGCCAGGGUGGAGAAUAAGCGGGGCAUGUUCAUUGUAUUGCCUGAGAAGAUUUUCACCCAACACCUGACCAUUUAUUUUACCAAGCACACUUUUCUGAUAGAUCGUUUUAAUGAAGUUUUGCAGAAUUUGCGUGCCAUGGGCCUUAUUGACUUUUGGGCCUCCAACAGUGUGGACCGCACUUAUGUAGAGGUGCCUACGGAGAAACAGGUUUUCCUGCCCUUGACCAUGGGUAAUUUGGAAGGAAUUUUUGUGACUUAUUUGGUGCUGACGGCAUUGGCCUUGGUGAUAUUCUUUGUCGAAAUUGUGAUCUCUAAAUGGCGUAAAUAA